CCGAUGCCGUUGAACAAUGGCAACUCUUCUCUCCUACAUAGUUUUAAUUGGCGUAGCUUCCGUGGCUCAUGCUGCCCCGGUAUCGGACCCCACGUUCGGAAGCUACGGGAUAUGGUUAAGAAAUCCAGAUCCUAUAAAUAAUCGUCAAAGCCAGUUUGCUGAUAACUUGCCGAUACGAACGAACGGCCAGUACCAUGUCCCAUCGAUUGUUCCUUUCCAGCCCUGGAUCCCACCAUUUCGUCCCAUCUAUCGCAAUCGCCCAUUCAUCAGACCAUUAUGCCGACCUUGUUACAAUUCUCAGCAAAUGGUUGGAAGCCUGAAUCAAAACAACACGGUGCAAAAACAAUCAGGAAUGAUUGAAAAUUGGCUUAAUUGGUGGCCUAGUUUGGUUCAACCACCGCCCAUUUGGAGCGUCUGCUGCCCCAGGCCAACAACUGUCAAACCUCCACCAACAAGUGCAACUGUAGUGACAACAUCUAAACCAGCUCUUGUUCUUAGAGUAGGACCUAAUCCAUUGAUUUGUUUGCCGUGCAAUGGCCAAUCAAUGAAUUCUGAAAACAUUCGCAAUGUUCGUCCUCUGUUUGCUGUUAACGCAAGUGACCAAACGCCUUCACACCCAGAUGUUUCAAACGCCUUUUUGGAUUGGUUCGCCAAUCCUUUAGGGAACAUUUGGAGAGAGAUUUGCUGUCCAACAACCAUCAAACCAGACACAACGCCAAUAACAACGACAGUAAAGGCAAAAACGUGUACGAGUUCAGAAGACGAAGCUUCGGGUUGUUCCAAAUUAAUUUUCGAUUCGAUAACGACUGAUGUGCCUACAACUUCUACAGAACCAAUCACUGCCAAUCCAACAACUACUGAAAGGCCAAGUACAACUUCAUUUCGCCCACUGCAUAUUUUAAGAACAACUUCUGCUCGACCCAUCUCAACUCGGCCACGAAUUUCUGCCAAGCCAUCCACUGCCAUUUUAGAAACAACCAGCCUGACUACGACUUCACUGCCCGUGACAUCGACAGAUCCAUCUACACAACCUGACACAACAAGAUCAACUAGCACUGCAAUUGCUCAAACAACAGCAGAAAUUACGGCUGAAACAACAACUACUAUUUCAAGUUCAACGACUUCUGACCCAUCCAUGACGCCAUUUUCUAACAUAACCAAAGGACCCAACUGCCAAACUGUUAUCCAAGAUGGAAUUGCCGUUGAAAUUUGUGACAGCACAACCCCAAUAACUACGGAAUUUUCAACUACUGCCCUAAUUGAAAUGUCAACAACGGUUGAAAGCAUUCCACAAGCCGAAACGACAACAGAAGAAACUCCAGCUGUCACAAGUGAAUCCGAUCGAACAACUGUAUCAACGAAUAUUCCAACUGCCAUUUCAACGACCGAAGCCUCUGAAAGAACAACUGCCCAAACUACUUCAACAACAUUGCAAAAUACCGAAAAUAGUGCAACAUCUGAAACUGCCUCUACAACUGAAAACACUUCAACAACUGCCGCUAGUGCAACUACGGAAAUCGCUCAAACAACAACAGAAAUUAUUCAAAUUUCAACCGAAUCCGUUCAGAAAACAUCCCCAAUCGCUUCAACAACAAGUACAACAACUGAAAUCGCUUCAACAAGUGCAACUACUGAAAUCGCUUCAACAAGUGCAACUACUGAAAUCACUGCCACAAGUGCAACAUCAACUGAGGCUCUUUCAGCGGAAGCUGUCCCAAUAACUGCCGAAACUACACUUGCAACAUCUUCAUCCACUGCCCAACCCACUGCCGCUAGUGCAACAACUCCUUUAACUACAUCAACAACUGAAAUCGUUCCCAUUUCAACUGCCGAAUCAGCCUCAGCAAUCACUGCCGAAACCACUGCCAUCAGUGCAACAACGUCUCUAGCUGAGGCUCCAAUCACUGCCCCAACUACGCUCGCUAGUGCAACAACUGAAAUAUCUUCAACAACUACAGCGUCAGCUUCAACAACAAUUGAAAGCAAUCCAACGACAACAGAAUCAAGUGCAACACUCGAAACCACUGCCAUCAGUGCAACACCUCUAAUAUUUUCAACAACUACAGAGUCCGCUUCAACAACAAUAGAAUCAAGUGCAACAUCCGAAAUGACUGCCACAAGUGCAAAAACAGAUGAAACUACAACUGUUGAAGCUUCAAAGAUAGAAAGUAUGUCAACUCAAACGGUUGGAGCAUCAACAACAACAACCGCUGUUCAAAGUACGUCAACAGAAGCCCCUGCUACAACUGCCGAACCCACUUCCGCUGGUGCAACAACCCAAGCUGAGAUCCCUUCAACGAUAUCUACGACCACUGCCGAAACCACCGCAACAACUUCAAUAGAAACUGUACCAUCAACUGAAAUCAUUCCGACAAUACAAGAUUUAUCAACAAACGAAUCCGCUCAGAGCACAACCGUAACAGAAACAACUGCCGAAAUGACUAGUGCAACAACCCCAACUGAAACAACAACGAUCGAAACCCGUCCAACGCAAACGGUUGAUGUUUCAUCAACAGCCGGUUUAAUUUCAACUGUUCAAACAACAGAGGCUGGAACAACUGCCAAACGCACUCCCGCUGGUGCAACAACUCAAUUUGAGAUCCCUUCAACAACCGCUACAAUCACUGCCGAAACGACGUCUGCUAGCCCAACAACUGCCGAUAACGUCCCCACUAGAGCAACAACCCCAACAACUACGCAAACCGAUUCCCCGAAUACGUUUGAAGCUUCAUCAACAACUGAAAUCCCUUCCACAUCAACUGCCAAAACAGAAGUCCCACCCACUGCCGAAAACAAUGCAACAACUGAAAAUCCUGUAUCAACUACGGUAGCUCCAACAGAAGCCGCUUCAGCAACUGCCAAAACCAGCGCAACAACUAACGUAAUCACGCCGGAAGCUUUUCCCAUAACAGAUCCCACUAAGGAAAAAACUAAUGGCUCUGGAAUCGAACUCAGCAGUGACGACAUUAUACCGCCAACUCUCAUCGGAUACACUACAUCCACGAUGAAAGGAUUAAUUCCUCUUUUAUUAUUGGCCCUCGCAUCGUACGAUGUCGAUGCUCAAGAGCCACAAGAGGCUCAAUUAGUUGAAGUGUUUCAAGAGAGUGAUGCUAUUCCAUCACCUGACGAGGCUAGUGGCCGUUCAUUCGGUAUGUUCCAGAAUUUCGACGCGUUGGGAUACAAGGAAAAUUUACUUCACAACAAAAUUAGUUUUCUCUUCUCGCUAGUCCCUCGGCCAAAUGUAGCGCAUUGGAAUCGGCCACCAUAUCCAGGUGGGUUGGGUCCUUACCCGAUGCAGCCGGGAGGUUUUCCACCUGGAUAUCCCGCCCAAUUGCCUCAACCUGGACCCUUACGUCCUCCGCCCUUUGGCGGAGGACCUAAUCCCAGUCAAGGAUUCUAUCCCGGUGCUGGUUUUAAUAAUCCUUAUUAUCCAUCAGUAGUACCUGGUUAUCCUGCGAUGCCGCCUGGUUUAUAUUCACCUGGUAUUCUACCUGUUGUUUCCGAGAACAACAUCACCACCGACUUUAUCGUGGUGAUUACGGUAAUGUCCGUGUGUCAAGCUGGUCCGAUAUCAGCGCCGCAUCAUCCCAUGUUCCGGUAUCCGGCUGUCGGUUCCAGUCGCCAAUACGAUGUCAACAUUCCCGGUUUGGUGAGGGUUAGCGGACAGCAUAAUUAUCCGUAUCAUUCCGCUUCUGCUGUUGUUCCAUACCAAGUCCAGCAACGAUGGAUGCCGACUGGUCCUUUAACUCGGAAGCAACCCGUUCCGCCAUUCUGUUUGCCUUGUUCUGACACGGGCAGAUCUUACGGAUACGAGCCAUUUGUCCAGAAUCGCGUGUUGUUUCCUUCUUUCACUAUUAAUGGUGGACUUAUUCCCACAACAAUCCUUUCCUCAACGGCCCAUUUGGAGUUUUGUCUGCUGUCCGAAACCAACCACCACUACUACGAAGCCAACGACAGCAGCGCCAGCAACAACCGUAGCUCCCGCAACAACCGCAGUUCCCACAACUACAGCAGCUCCCGCAACAACGGUAGCUCCCACAACGACAGCAGCUCCCGCAACAACCGCAGCUCCCACAACCGCACUACAGCAGCUCCCACAACAACGGCUGUUCCCACAACGACAGCUCCCACAACGACGGCGGUGCCUACAACGACGGCAGCUCCCACAACAACAACGGCUGUUCCCACAACUACAGCAGCUCCUACUACAACCGCAGCCUCCACAGCGACGGCAGUUCCCACAACGACAGCAGUACCUGCAACAACUGUAGCUCCCACAACGACGGCGGUGCCUACAACGACGGCGGUGCCUACAACCACGGCAGCUCCCACUACAACCGCAGCUCCCACAACUACAGCAGCUCCCACUACAACGGCUGUUCCCACAACGACAGCUCCCACAACGACGGCGGUGCCUACAACGACGGCAGCUCCCACAACAACAACGCUUCCCACAACGACAGUUCCCACAACCACCGCAGCUCCUGGAACAACAGCACCCCCUGCUCCAACGACAGCUCCUACAACGACGGCGCUUCCAACAACGACCGCGGCUCCUGGAACAACAGCACCCCCUGCACCACCAACAGCUCCAACACCAGCCCCAUCAGAAAGACGUCUCGAAUCUGGCACCAACAGCAAUUCAUUACCCACGGACGCUAUUCCACUUUCAGGACUCAAACUCUUGAUGAAUCUCUUCCCUCCCAGUUACAUCAGCUUCCUCCGUCGUUGAAAAUGAAUAGAAUUUUGAUGGCUUGCGUUCAAUUGCAUCCGAUUACGGAUUUAAUGUACGCAGGUGGGGCCAUUCUGGGACAUUUCCUGUAACAUUUUCAUGUUCUUCAUAUUUAUGCAUUUUCAAAUCCUCGUCUCGAACAAUCUGUGUGCAAGUGUAACCUACGUAAAAUACAUUAAAUGUAGUUUUUUUUUCUAAA